AGCCAUGAGGCCGGGGCCGAGGUGGCCCCCGGCAGGUCCCUGAGGUGCCAUGGGCACGGCACGGCCGCGGGCGCUGGCCGCCAUCCGCGCCGAGGUGCAGCGGCACGAGGGGGCCAAGAGGCAGCUGAACCAGCUGAUUGAGCUGGUGGCCGCUGUCCCCGAGCCACGGCUGAGGGUCAGGAUGGCCACGGCCAUCAGCAGGCUGCAAGAGGCGUUGGUGAACAGCCAGGAAUGGACCCUGGGCCGCUCCAUCCCCGAGAUCCGUAUGGGCAUCCUGGGCAGCAGCAAGAGUGGCAAAUCAGCACUUGUCCAUCGCUUCCUCACCGGCUCCUACGUGGGGCUGGAGCCCACCGAGAGCGGCCAGUUCAAGCGCGAGCUGACGGUGGACGGGCAGAGCCACCUCCUGCUCAUCCGCGAGGAAGGGGGUGCCCCCGAUGCCAAGUUUGCCAGCUGGGCCGACGCCGUCGUCUUCGUCUUCAGCCUGGAGAACGAGAGCAGCUUCGAGGAGGUGACGCGGCUGCACGCGCUGCUCAGCGCCUGCCAGGCUGCUGGGGACAUGGUCCUGGCACUGGUGGGCACCCAGGACAAGAUCAGCUCGUCCAGCCCGCGGGUGAUCGAGGACACGAGGGCUCAGGCGCUCUGUGGGGACAUGAGGCGCUGCCUCUACUACGAGACCUGCGCCACGUACGGCCUCAACGUGGACAGAGUGUUCACUGAGGUGGCCCAGAAGGUCGUGGCUCUGAGGAAGCAGCAGCAGCUCGUGGCCUCCUGCAAGUCCCUGCCCAGCACCCCCAGCCACUCAACCGCAUCCACCCCCUUAGGGGGCAUCCACCCUGGCCAGGCCAGCAACGGUGGCCACACCAGCGACUACUCGUCCUCGCUGCCCUCCACCCCCAACGUCAGCCACCGGGAGCUGAGGAGCGAGACCCCGGCGGCGCUGGGCACCCCCAGCUCCCUGCACCGCGGUGCCAAGCGCCGCACCAGCCUCUUCGCCACGCGCCGUGGCAGCGACUCAGAGAAGCGCAGCCUGGACAGUCGCGGCGAGGGGCCGGGCAGCGGCAGGGCCAUCCCCAUCAAGCAGAGCUUCCUGCUGAAGCGCAGCGGCAACUCCCUCAACAAGGAGUGGAAGAAGAAAUACGUGACCCUGUCCAGCAACGGGCUCCUCUUCUACCACCCCACCAUCAACGAUUACAUCCACAGCACCCACGGGAAGGAGAUGGACCUGCUGAGGACCACGGUGAAGGUGCCGGGGAAGCGGCCGCCACGCGCCAUCUCAGCCUGCGGCCCCUCUGCCAGCAUCAACGGGCUGGUGAAGGACGUGCCUGAGGGCGCCUCUGGUGCCUCGGCCGUGGCUCUCAGCCUCCCGCCGGAGCCGGGCAUGAAGGGUGCGGGCAAGGGCGAGCGGUCGUUGCAGCGCUGCGCCUCGGCCUCCAGCGCCAAGCUGGGCGGCUCUGACCCUGCCCCUGCCUUCGAGCCCCUCUCCAGCCCCAGCAGCUCGGGCAGGGAGCCCCCUCCCUCGCCCAUGCUGGACAGGAAGAAGCACAGGAGGAAGAAGCUCAUGACCCCAUCCAAGACAGAGGGUUCCACUGGCCAGGCAGAAGAAGAGGAGAACUUUGAGUUCAUCAUCGUGUCCAGCACGGGGCAGACGUGGCACUUCGAGGCCGGCAGCUUCGAGGAGCGCGACGCCUGGGUUCAAGCCAUCGAGAGCCAGAUCCUGGCCAGCCUGCAGUGCUGUGAGAGCAGCAAGAACAAGGCGCGCAUGGACAGCCAGAGCGAAGCCGUGGCCAUCCAGGCCAUCAGGAACGCCCGUGGUAACUCACUCUGCGUGGACUGUGGGGCACCCAACCCCACCUGGGCCAGUUUAAACCUGGGGGCCCUGAUCUGCAUCGAGUGCUCGGGCAUCCACCGCAACCUGGGCACCCACCUGUCCCGUGUGCGCUCCCUGGACCUGGACGACUGGCCCCGGGAGCUGACGCUGGUGCUGACGUCCAUCGGCAACGCCACGGCCAACAGCAUCUGGGAGCACAACCCCCAGGGCCGCUGCAAACCCACCCACGAGUCCUCACGGGAGGAGCGGGAGUCGUGGAUCAGAGCCAAGUACGAGCAGAGGCUGUUCCUGGCCCCGCUGCCGGCGGCCGAGGCCCCGCUGGGCGAGCGGCUGCUGAGCGCGGUGCAGGACAAGGACCUGGAGCUGGUGCUGCUGCUGCUGGCCCACAGCAGGAAGGAGCAGCUCAACGUCAGCAGCGGCGACAGGGAGCGACGCACGGCCCUGCACGUGGCCUGCGACAUGGCCCUCGUGGUCAUCACCCAGCUGCUGGUGUGGUACGGCGCGGACGUGCGGGCUCGGGACGGGCAGGGUCGCACCGCGCUGUUUUACGCCCGUCGCGCCGGGAGCCGCGAGUGCAGCGACAUCCUGACCCAACACGGUUGCCCCGCGGAGCCCCCCGCUAGCCCGGCCACCCCCGGCCCCCGCCGCAAGAGCAGCUGCGCCAGCCUGGGCCCCUGCCAGCCCCGCAGCGCCCUGGUAUAGCCGGCCGGGGCACCCCCAAAGCCCCCCCAAAGCCUCCCCGACGCCCCCCUCCCCAGCCCGGACUGCGGCGGGGGGACCGGUUGUAUUUUUGAUGCUCUUAUUUAUUAUCCAGCCCCUCACCGGGGGCUUCUCUGCUCCUGCUCCCCCCCCUCUGCCCCCCUCCCCACGCCCCCUGCGCCGUGCCCGGGGGGAGGGUCUCAGGGGAAGGGGGGGGGGUCGCAGGGGGGUGGGGACAUUUGGCUCCCUCCUG